GCUCCAUGAAAAAAACAAGUCAUCACUGGUCCGUCAGAAGAGAUCAGAGAAAAAUCUGUAGGAGGUUUUUAUUCAGUUUGCUCAGUCGAGAGAGGUUCGUGGCUUGAAAACUACUUGCCCUACAAUCAAUAAUCAAAGAUCACUGAUGAUCUCGCUAGUCUUAUACAAAUUCUUAAUAGCUUGAUCUCGAGAAGGUUUUAUUGGAAAAUGUGGAGAGCAGCUAAGACGUCGUACUUGAAGUACGGCAACGAAAUGGCCGCUCUUUUGCGGCAAUGCUUGAAGGAGCCAGCACGGACGAAGGCGCUCGAGAAAAAUAGGGUGAGGCACUAUAUUUAGAGAUGCAUCUACUUCAUUUGCAAGUGAUCGGAUAAGUCCUUCGAGUCGAUUGAAAGAUUUCGCAGCAAGAAGUAUUUUUAGAUUCUAUGCCCGAUUCGACGGGACGCCUUCUCUAUGAAUCCCUACAGAUACAUCUAGUGGAAAAGAAAUGGGCGAAUGGCGUGCAGCAGGGUGGCAAGACACUGCAUAAAGAUUUUUCGGUCUUCGAUGCCGCAAAGGCGUCGCAAUAGAUGGAUCGAAUCGCAUCCAGUGACGAAGCGAAAAUAUGAUGUUGACUUUGUUCAUGUUGUCGUACUUCGUCUCCCAUCAAACAUUUGAUUCCUUAUGUAUGCAGACUUAGAGACUUAGUACCUUGUACUUUUCUUAUGGACCGAAUCAAUGUCGAUUUAGACAACUGGUGGUCGACUCUAAAAUACGCAGAGAAGUAGCGUACUUACUGUGGCGCUUUGGCGUUCCGCAUGCUCCUGUUGUUCGAGGAUAAAGGUAUGGUCUCUGCGGCACAUGAAUGAGUGAUAAAGGAAGCCACACUUGGCCAAGAAUCUGUUCGAUAGAUUGAUCUGAAACUCAUGUCCUAUUCCAGGACUUGUGAGUGUUGCUCCUUCUCUUUUUCGCUGGGACUAGAAAAGCUUAUUUUGUCCUCGACGUAAUUCUAGUCGACUAGAAAUCUCGUGCUAGAAGCCAGUGAACUAGAAAAUUAUUGUGCACGAUACACAUAUGAAAGACGAAGAUGGCAAAAUGAGUG